AUGUCCUUCUUAGAGAAAAUGUCUACAGCAGAUUUGAUGGAGAAUCUCAGGGAAGAACUGACCUGUUUCAUCUGCUUGGACUAUUUCACCAACCCAGUGACCACUGAAUGUGGGCACAGCUUUUGUCUGUUGUGUCUCCUGAGGAGCUGGGAGGAACAUAACUCUCCACUGUCUUGUCCCGAGUGUUGGAGGACCUUGGAGGUCCCUCACUUCCAGCCCAAUGAGCGUCUGGGGAGGCUGGCUGGCAUCGGCAAGCAACUCAGAUCCCAGGUGCUACAGAGUGAGGACAAACAAGGCCCCUAUGGGAGAAUGUUGGCAGCCACCGAGGUGUUCCCUGGUGAUGAGCAGGGUAUAAACGCCUUCUCGACCCAGUGUCAUGGCACAAACAGAGUGUAUGUCUCGAGUGAGGCUGAGGAGCAUCACAAAGAGAAACUCCGGGAAGUCCUAAAUCUUUUGAGUAAAAAGAAAAAGGAAACUCAGGUUAUAUUAACCCAUGAGAAGGAGAGAGUGAAAUUGUGUAAGGAAGAGACAAAAAAUUGUAAACAGGUCGUUGUGUCAGAAUACGCAAAAAUGCACCAGUUCUUGAAGGAGGAGGAGCAGCUGCAUUUCCAGCUACUGGACAAGGAGGAAAGAGAGAACCUGAAGAAACUGAGGGACAAUGAGAUCAAGCUGACCCAGCAAAUAAGGGGCCUCAGCAAAAUGAUGGCUCAGAUACAGUCCAUGGGUCAGAGCUGGAUCGCAGUAUCCUUUGAGGAGGUGAAAGAAGCACUGGAAAGGAGUGAGCCGCUCUUGCUUCAGUGUCCAGAGACCACCACCACGGAGCUGAGUCUGUGCCACAUUACUGGAAUGAGGGAGAUGCUAAGAAAAUUCAGCACGGACAUAACUCUGGAUCCGGCCACAGCCAAUGCCUACCUCGUCUUGUCUGAGGAUCUGAAAAGUGUCAGAUAUGGAGGGAUCCGACAGCAGUUACCUGACAACCCGGAGAGAUUCGACCAGUCUGUCACCGUGUUGGGAGCCCAGAGCUUCACCUGUGGGAGACACUACUGGGAGGUGGAAGUAGGAAACAAGACGGAGUGGGAAGUGGGCAUCUGUAAGGACUCCGUGAGCAGAAAGGGGAACCUGCCGAAGCCCCCUGGGGACCUCUUCUCACUUAUAGGCUUAAAAAUUGGAGAUGAUUAUAGCCUUUGGGUCUCAUCACCUUUAAAAGGGCAACAUGUUAGAGAGCCCGUGCAUAAGGUCGGUGUGUUCUUGGACUAUGAGUCUGGACACAUAGCAUUCUACAAUGUGACAGACGAGUCUCUCAUCUACAGCUUCCCUCCAGACCCUUUCCAAGAUGCCCUUAGACCUAUAUUUUCCCCUUGCCUCCCAAAUGAAGGGACAAACACAGGCCCCCUUACCAUCUGCUCAUUGAAUAGCUAUGUCAGAAGGAGAUGCCCCUGA